AUGCAAAAUGAAAUUAGUGAACCUUUGUUAUCAUUGUAUAAAAAUUUUCUUAAUACCACAUGCCAGUUACCGCAAAUUACAGAUGAAGGAUUGAAAAAUUCUCAGACUCAUGGAAAGGAUUUGUUUUCUGUUUACCAUGAAUUACUGAAUUUCAUCCCAAAAGAGUAUGAUUCGAACCUUAUCUCGUUUCGAGUUUCUACAAACCCCAUAACUUCGCAGGUCGCUGGUGUACUGAUCAAAGGAAUGUACCCUGGCUUGAGAGAUAUUUCUGUCAAGAUGCAACAUGAUGUUAUUGAUACACUUAACUCUAAUUACCCAUGUGGCGGUGCCGAUAACCUUAGAAAAGAAAUCGAAAACGAUGAAGCUUGGAAAAACCAUCUAAAUGAAAAGAAAGAGCUUUUUCAAAAGCUGGACAAUAUUACUGGUAUUGAUCCGCUUAAUAAAGAAUGGCAUACUUGGUUUGACCACUAUUUUGAUAAUCUUUCAUUUCGAUUUUGUCACGAUUUACCAUAUCCUUGCAACAAGGAAGCUUGCAUUUCUUCAGAGGUAGCACUUGAAGUUUUUGACGUGGGAAACUGGGAGUAUAAUUAUAUCUAUACAAAAUCCAAUAAAUCCAUUUUGUACUCUGUUGCACGCUCCUUAUUUCUGUUUGAAGUUUUUCAAAAUAUCCAAAAUAAAAUAAUGAAACUAGAUUCUAUAAAAUAUCGCCAUAAUAUUGCUCAUGAUAAUACAAUAGCAUCACUUUUGGGUGCCCUACAAAUAACAAAUCUCAAAUGGCCAGGUCUAGGUUCUGAAAUUGUUUUUGAGUUAUAUAGAAAAGAAAACAACCCAGAUAUGUUUUUUUUACGUAUUCUAUACAAUGGGGAGCCACUUCAAACUUCCUUAAAAAACAUUAACAGUUGGGAUAUGGUCCCUAUAGAUAUUUUUUUUCAAUAUAUUCACACAACAUUUGGUACAAAGGGUGAAAUAUUAAAUUACAUUUGUAAUGGAAUUUACCAUUAA